UGUUCAGCUUUGAUAUAUAUCAUCAGUACAAUCUCUUUUUUCAAUCAGGUUGUUUCAGGUAAUCUUUUGCCGCAUAGUCUGCCCUAGCUGACGCUGUGCAGAGAAUACUACGAUUGGAAACGGUUGGUUAGACCCGUUCGCACUGCACAAGGUGAUUUGGCGUUUAGAAUGUCUGAAAGCAAGAUGGACCGUAGUGAUGAGAGAAUCAAAAGAGCUUUAAGGCGCCGCCCUUAUGUGUUGAAUCCAGUGAGGGUGAACACCCCUGAUUCUGUGAUGUGGCCAACCGGUAAGGUGCACAGAAGACCAAGGCCUUCUACUUCAGCGCAGACCCCUCAGAUCCACAAAAGGCCUCCAAUCAUUGAGAGCUGUGGGCAGGAACAGACAUCUUGGGAUGGACGGGACAUCAAUCCAGAGCCUCUGAGCCAGUCUGGAAGGGUGACUCGGCUGAUGGAGAGAAAUUAUGAUGGGGUCAUCUCAUCCUCCAACUCUGAUGACAUCUCUAUCUACUCCUUCACUGACUGUGAAUCUGAGUCUGAUGAUGAGGAUCAUGAAAGGAGGACACCACCGCUGAUAGUGAAGGAUGAGGAGGAUGGAAAGGUGACAAAGUUUGAAGUGAGGGAUAUGGUAGAGGACGACAAUCUGUCUCUCCACUCCUUGGAUGAAUCAGACUUUCUGUGUGAUAAUGGCAAUGAUGCCUCUGCUGAGGACAGUCCUGGGCCUUCAAAGGAACCACAGAGAAAAGGGGCUUCACUGAAGGACUCUCGACUGAUUAUUGUGGCCAAGCCCAACAUCCUUCUCCCUGCCUCUGUGAGUGCCCUGAAGAAGGCAUCACGCCUGACGGAGUUGGUCCCUACUGUCCGGCCCUGCAAGGAGCAGCAGGACAAGAAGACACAGUGGACCAACACCAACAAGGAGAGCCUGAGGAGGAUUAAAAAAACUGGCCUCCAUAGAGCUCGACCUGGAGGAAGGCCUGAAGAAGGUCAAUGACGGUCAGGACGUCAACCAAGAGAGGCAGAAGAAUGAGGGAUGCUUCAGAGCCUGGAUUGAGAAGUGGAUGGGGAGGAGGAAGGAGGAAAGACUGAGGGAUGAAGAUGUGAAUAGGGAUGACAAAGGGAGGAUGGGCGAAGAGGUGAGGGCACUGAUCCAAGUGAUGAAGAGAAACUGCAGUGAACGUGAUCUUGAGGCAGUAAACCUGGACACUUGGCUGAAUGACUUGGAAAGGUUGAAAGUGGCCUUCAAGAAAUGCACUGGAGAGAUGGCCAAAAUGAGCCCAGGGAAAGUCUCUGGUCCUGUGUCUGGCCUCUCUCCUCUUGUGACCUCAGGACCCCGGACCCUGGCUGAAGCCCUACGGGCCCUGCCCUCUGCUGUGGCCCGUCCCUCCCAAAAGGAUGUCCCAAAGCCUCCGACACCUCCAAGCCCCGUCUCUGUCAUUGUUGCUUUGCCUGCUGUGGAGUACUUACCAUACCACCGCAGCCCUCGCCUGGCCCCAAUCACCAACCUGAGUGAGAACGGCAGGAAGCUGCUCCAGAAAAUGUCAGGAGUGACCCCACAGGUGAGAGGAAACAGGAAGGGAAUAUUGGCCAUAUGUCCUUCUACAGUAUAUCAUACCUCUAGAUAUCAUAGCUCAAGAGUAGAAAAUAGCCAUAUGCUUAUAUUACUUUAUCUCCUUGUCAAAAAUAUUUAGGAAGAGAAGGUCAAAAGGAAAAGAGCAAGGGAAAAAAGCAAGUGAAGAAAGAGAAGGCCAGCAAGAUGCAGCAGGUGGAAAAUGUUGGAGAAAGUAAGGAGGACAAGAAAGAGGAAAAGAAGAGUCUGAGGAAGAGGUUUCUCCAGUGGCUGCUGCCCAAACUGAGAUGUUCGAAGAAAUAAUGGCCUACUACUACAACACACACACACACACACACUCGAACUUCAGAGCUAUAGCGGCUUAUAACCACACUGACAUAAUAAAAUGUAAAAUAAACGUUA